UAAGAGUCGAAACUAUUUCUAUUUAGACAAACAUUGUGCUCUCUCCCGUAUUAUUUAACCCAUGACCGUGCAUUUAAUUCUCGUUUCUACCCGCAAGAUGGCGGAUUGACAACCAUGUAAACAAUAUCUUAGCACCACAAUCUCUGUGGGUUGUGCUCAAAUUGCAGCAUCAAGGGCGGCAAAGCUACUGUAGCCAAAAUGACUACGUCCAUCAGACGCAACACAUUUGUGUUGAAGGAUCCUACUCUUCCAGGUUCUUCAUCCGUACCCUCUACAGGUAUGGAUAGACAAAACAUCAUGCGACUGAAGGUGAACAGAAUAGCACUGGUUCAAGAACUGCGGGUAGAGCACAUCACCGGGUUGUUGAUGGAAUCUGGUGUAGUUGGCCCAAAAGAUUUGAAGAAAAUAGAAAGUGGCAGAACUCCACAGGACAAAGCUCGCAUUCUGGUUGAUCUUCUGCCCACAAAAAGUAAAGAUUCUGACUGGUACAAGCACUUUCGAGAUGCUUUGCAGAACCCCGACGGAAGUGCCGACACUCGAAGGAGAUACCGACUGCUAGUAGAAUUCCUGGAUAAUACUGUAAUUCACAGACCAACUUCACAAGUGGGAAGAUUCAGAGACUCAAGUUAUCAUAAAAACUUCAGACCCUUGUCGCCGUUGCAUGAUGGAGAUCAAGAAAAUGGAAAAAAACUGCAACGAUACCAACCAUUACCAUCAAUCACUCAUAAAACCCACAGAGAUGAUGAUGGAAUCAAGAUGUAUGGCUUAAGGGCUAGCGACGGUGAUAUCGGAGCGGAUCUGGAGGACGGCUUGUCCAUGCUUAGUGUGGACAGUCACAGGAAUAUGACAUUAGUCAAGGGUUUCUUCCACCAGUGGUUGCCUACUCCUGACAACUUCAGAUCUUUGAUAGAAAUUGAUCAAAACCAUCAGCAAAGACUUAUGUCCUCACCCAACCCAGAGGAUCAACUGUUAAUGGCAAGAGAAGAGAUUGCCUUGAAAAAUUUGAGGAAGCUCGAGGUGAUUUCGGCAUUAGCAAGGCGGAAGCAGUUACCAUCUGGUUUUGAGCUGUGUAUGUGUGAUGCUGUGCAGGUAAUCCAGACCGGUCUAAGGUUUGCCAGCUUGCUCAUCGCCGUCAACAAAUUUGAUAAUGCUGACGGCGUCCUGGUCAGUACCAUCAGCUUCCUGAAGCAAAACUCUGAGCUGGACUCAUGGCUUCCCCGAUAUCACGCCUAUGUCAAACUGAUGCAGGCGCGUAAUUUGUCCUGCAAACCCGACAAAGCGCAGAGCACUUAUUUUGAUGCGGUUCAGAUGCAGUUCCAAAUUCAGAUGAUGUCCUUUGGUCAGAAUCUCAUCCAGCAAGGAGCCAUGCAUGCUGAGACGAGCUUCAUGUUGUUGGAGUACGGCUCUAUUGUCUCAGCUCUUGGCUGGGCACGAAGAGCUCUAAUGGAAGUUGACCCCGAGGACAGUGCGGCUAUCGUGAGGACUUUGUGUGUGGGCGUGAGUGCCUACUGCGCACAGUGGCUGGUCAGCAAAGCGGAGAUGCUGGCUGUCUACGCCGUCCAGUUUGCCAGAGAGAAGUUUGGAGAACGGCAUCCUCUUUACAUUGAGGCCCUUCAGCAUUUCUGUCAGUUCAACAACGAAUUCAAACAAGACGCUGUGGGACUCCAGGCUGCAAAUGAGCUGCUUGAUGCAGCUGAGAAAACGUACGGCUGUGAAAGCUUGCAGGUGGCGUAUGCUCACCGUGCCAUCAGCAAAGCACGCAUGUGCAUGCAUAUGAUGGACACUGAUGACUACUACAGGCACGCUGUGGAGGCAGUCCGUAUUGCCCGGGCUUGCUUGGGUCAGAGAGUACCACAGCUUCAUGUCUUCCUGCACACAAUGGCCUCAGCAUUACAGUGGAAAGCUUUGCACUGCCCUAAGGAGGUUCAUGACUCGACUCUUCGAUGGGCGGAGGGGGAAGCCAAACUGGCGUAUUCUUUGGUGACGGAAACAUUCGGAGAAAUUAGCCUGAAGUCAGCGCAGAUGCUAUUGCUGCUGGGCCAGAUCUACUCCAAGAUGAACCAGCAUCCUGAAAUUAAAGAGGACUUACUGGAUGUUGCAGCUCGGCAUCUCACUCAAGCAGUUGACUACCUGAAGCUGUGUCAGCCAGCCUCCAGUAACUACCUGCUCCUGGGUAUGGCCACACUGGGCACUUUCUACAAGAUUGUCAUGAAGCCUGAGCUGGCCGUUCCAAGGUUUAAAUAUGUUGUUGAUCAUGCAGAGUCCACUGGCUGGUACCUCAAGUGGAUGCACAUGUGUUUCGAAUCUUUGGCUUCGCUCUACUCGUCAAUGGGUCAGGAUAAAGAGGCUGAUGUCGUUCAAGUGAAACUGUCUCACUGGCUGAAGGCGAAUCCCGUGACGAAUAACCCCGUGGACUACAGCAGGUUGGAGAAAGAUCCAGAGCCUUUUGCCAACUUUGUGAAAAAGGCAGAUCUGUGGGGUGCCGCGUUACAGCGGAUGAUGGCGGUACCUUCAGGGAAAACUCUCGUCAAAGUGGGUGAGGACAAUGAUAAUGAUGACAAUGAUGAAGAUGUUGUUGAUAAAGAUGAUGAACAGAAUGCGGCUGGUUAUGAAGGUGGCUCACCAGUUGAUGAUAAGGGGGAUAAAGUACCUGAGUAAUGUGGUGAAGUCGUCAUAGUUACUCUUACGUUGCUUCCAAAGUAAUCAUCUCUCGAGGAGGGAGCACUGUUUCAGCAUCUUGUUGUGUUAUGUAAGCUUAGUUCCUGUAAAGAUGAGGUGUAUUUUUCAGAGGGAAGAAUACUUUGCUCAUCUAUCUGUGUGUUGGAAACACCACUUGUUUUGUGUUACCUGUGUGUGUUGCGUACAGUUUUUGUUUUAUUAUCAUUCUUUACAAGUUUUUUCCAUUUUCUUUUGGUGAAGCUAUGUUUCACUGCAUUCUUUACCCAAGUAGAUGCAGUUGCUAGGAUUGUAACUUUCAUUUUUGCGCUGAUGUUACUAUAGAUCUGAUCUAGUUUGCAUUUAAUGACAAUUGCAUUCUAAAUUAUUUUUCAUUUGUGUCUGUAAUGACGUAUUGUAGAAUGUAGAAACAGAUAGAAACCUUUAGUCUCAUUGAUUCCUUUCGUUUUUGGCAUUUUUACAUUCUGAAGUCUUCAUAAUUACUUUGAUAUCAAAUAAUCAAAUUCAGCAUAAGUGUUAGGGAAAGUGAUGUAUGUUGUAGCAAUGCUUUCUUCAUCACUGGUUGUUUCCUGGUCACGUUAACUACACAUGUGCACCCACACCUAAGUUUCAUGACUGUUUACUGGCUGGCACUGUGUUCAGAUUAAGAGAUGUUGGUUACCAUGAUUAUAGUCAGAGCAAGGCAUCAUUCGAUGGUUACUAAAUUUUUUUAAGUUGAAGAAAGAAGAGUUUUGUAUAUCUACUAAGGGCAUUUUUGUUCCUUUUAUUGGUGACAUGUGUAUUCAUCACUAGAUUUUCAACCAGUGAUUGAAAAGAGUCAACAACAAGAUUUUUCUUCCUUAAUCUUUCCAUUUUUUGUUUUUAACUUCUGUUCCAGUUUUAAAAUCUUUAAUAACAAUCCUUUGUUUCAGCUUAUUACAAUUAUAAGGUUUUAAACUGACAAUCUGGCCUGUUGCCUUUCAGGGGGUCGUAACAAAAAGCAAUAUGUGGGUCUAGUGGUCAACUAUGUGUGGUAACCAUGGUAAAUAUUCGUUGUUUUGCAUUAGAUGCUGCGUGUCAAUACUCAUACACCGACUUACCAAACACCUUUGCUUGUCGCAGAAGACCAGACGUGAAUGCAUGUGUUCCAUGUUCCCAUAUCACCUUUGUUCUGGAACUGUAAUGUUCCUCCUCGUCUCAGAUACAUAUCAUAUUAGCCUUUAAUGACACAGUAAUUAUAUUUUUAUUUAAAAGCUAACGGUAGUCAUCAUAUAAUAUAAUACAGUGCACUGCAUAGAUUUAAUCCAUAACUGUCAGUUUUUUCAUUACCCAUGUUAUGGCUAGUUUAAUGUAAGUGUACUGUCAUUUUUAAUACAACUAUAACAUCUUGGCUAUGCCUAUUCUGUGGCUGAUACAGUUACUGGUUCCUCAGCUUUUUCGCUUCCAUAAGACUUUUAUUGCCAGAUUUAUUUUGCAAGAAGCUUUAUGAAGUAGUUCUUUGCACAUUAAAACAUUUUCAGUCAUCUUGGAUGUUUUUUAGUGUGUGGUAAAUUUGACAAAUUCCUAAUCUAUUCUUGACUGUCACCUGAGUCUCUUGGGAACUCUGAGCCUGCAUGUCUUGUCAACAUAACUGUAUCUUGGGCAGAAAGGAACAAAUAGAAAAGAAAGAAAAAUCUUUAUUUCUUUUCUGUUUCGAAAUUUGUCUGCAGUCAUAAGCAAAACAAUCCAUAUAUAGUCGCUUUUAAGCACAACAGGGCUAUCCUGAGAAUAUCGAAGGUAAAGUUUUUGCCCCUUGUUCAUGUUCAGUUUUUUAAAAAGACAAGGUGAGUUUUCCUUAUAACCAAACUAAUAUAGACACCAAUGAAACCCAAAUUCUCCUAUAGGUAGGGCAAUGCCCACUUUUGGUGUAGGUCAAGAUUCCUGGAAACCCCCGAAAUCUGGGUCAGCCCGCUUGUUCUUAAAAGCGGCCAUAUAAAAACAGCAGAAGAAAAUUCAAACGGUGGACCACCAUUCUUGAUACGAGUAACUAGCCUACAAACUGGUUAUUGUGUGCUUGUCAAAGACAAACAGGCCCGUGAUGAACUGUCUCAUGUCUCAUUGUUCAGCGUUGCUUCACAUCUUUGUGUGACCAAGUUCACUAACCAUUUCACCUCUGCAAUCCUCUGGAGUUUUUACUAAAGCAAGCGCAGAGGGCACCACGCUUAAACUUCAUCUUUGAUAUUUCUGUAGGAAAUUUAUGAAAUGGCUUACCCGCUCAGCGCAUUCAGUAUGAGUCUGAGCUAGAUCUGCAGGGGCUUUAUGUUGCACUACUUCUUAUUUCUGGUAAUACCAUGGAUCCCUGAUCUGGCCUGAUCUCCCACCUGCUUGGUCACUCUCUUUUUUCUAAAGAUUAGUUGAGGUGACAGUUUUGCUUCCAUUGUUUUCAGGGCAAUAGUUGCUCCCAGCAUUAUCCGUCUUUUGCUAUUUCUCCUGUUCAGCUGCAAUUGUUCGGGGUCAAGAUACAGUGAACAAAGCACUAAAAUGGCUUAGUUAAGUUAACGGCCUUUGCUCUGGAGGCAUUAGAACGGAAGCUCAUGACAAUGAAAGGAUAGAGAUCAGUUUUUCGAAAUGGUGUUCUAGUCUUAUUGUAUUCAGAGAAGCGAGUGGCUGGUAUCAAACUGAAUAGGGAACAAGCUGUGCAAGGUUACAUGUUGACCAAUGUUGUAGGGAAAGGAUAAAUGUCUCUGUCUCAGUGGUACCAUCUGUCUUUUGCUGUUGUCUCCACAGUAAUCAUUGUGAUUAUACCAUAGCCACAUGAUGUCAAAUAACAGAGGUAGAAUUUACUUAUCGUUUAUGUAAUACCACCAUUGUCUUAAAAGGUAUGAAUAUAAUUCAAGUUUUUGAGAUGUAACUCUGUCAUUAUUGUGGGCAAAGCAGACCACUUUCAACUUUCCUGAUCACAAAAAUGAGUUGUCUUGAGCUGUUUCUCCUGAGAGACACCUAAUGGACAAUAAUGGUUGUGUGUAGUUUGAAUCAGAAAAAUGAAUAAGCUUGCUUUGUGCAAAUUGGUCUUUCCAGAUUGAACUGUACUUGAUUCAGAAAAAAUCAUCUCCUUAGAGUACUGUUUCUCAUGAAUGACACCAAACGUACAGUAAUGGGAGGGUGUAAUUUCACCCAGAAAAACAAAUGGGCUUGCUUUCUACUAUUGGGUCAUACCAGAAUGAACUGUAUAAAGAAAUUAAGGAAAAAAUCUCCUCUGAUUCAUUGUCAUGAUGAAUUAAGCCCUGAGAAGUGGGACAAGUAUGCAUUCCCUUAUCCUAAGUGAAAUCGCCUGUGAUUUUUCUUGUAGUAGUUACAUGUCACUUUAUAAUGACAAGUAUAUCUUCCAACAGAAAUUCAUAUUCUCUUGUUUUUUCUUCGUCCUUUCAUCCAAGUUGAGAAGUGUGGAGAUUUCAGUGAUGACUGUAUAACCUCUCCAGUUAACCCCACUUGUUCAAAUUGUAUUUGAGAUUCCAUUGUAAAAGACUUAAUGAAAAUAGCCGAAGAAUUUGGAAGUUGGUGAUCACUGAAGGCACUACCCCUCACAUAUCUUUGUUCAUAAUUUUUCUUCCUUUUUUUUCAGCUUGUUCUAUUUCCGUUUUAAUACAUAACUUGUUUUGUUUUGUUUUGAUAAAAUAACUCAUCUCUAACAAUGUUCAUUCUUGUAGCAAUAUACCAAAACCUUUGUUAUUUAUUGAAAAUGUCUUUAUGGAUUUUGCUGUACUGUUUGCUUUAUAUGACAAGAAUAGCCCUGUAUUACUCAAAUUUCUUCAUAUUAUUGGAAUUUUAUUGUUACUGCUUUAAAAAAAUUACUGAAAUAUUUUUUCAUUCAUCAGAGAACUUAUACAGAGAUUAUAUCUAACUACUUAAUAAUGCAAGUAGAAAUCAAAGUGGUACAAACUUUUUUAUUCACAUUAGUUGUUAGCAUCUAGCCAUAGUUGUUGUUUUUUUAUUUGAAAUUUUAACUUCAGUAGCUAGUUUAUUGUGUCCCACCCCUUCUCUUUUCAUACGCUGUUGUUGUUUGAUUUGUGUGGGAUGUUGUUUCAUUUAUUGUGUCAAUCCUAAGUGUUGCUGUUUUCAGCUUCUGGCUGGGCCUAGCAGGAUGGCCGGCUGUGUGUGUGUGAAGUUACGAUCGAAUGAGGUGGGUGAUAUGGCAUGAUGGAGUCAUCAAAAAUGAAAUGAAAUUAAUGCAUUAUAUGCUA